AUGUCGAUAUCUCUUUCUGAACUGGAGACACAGUUCUCCAUUGCAACCAACUCCAUCCAUGUUGAUGAUCGAUACGCUGGGCCCGAGUUGGCGCCUGCGAUGCAUCCCACUACCACCUUCCGAUACCCUUAUAACUCCGACGAACUAGAGCCUCAGCAAGCUCUGUCGAAAACAAAGCACGUAUAUGCUAGACUCGCACGACCGACUAGUUCGCGAUUGGAGCUUGUCCUGUCAACGAUCCUGAAAGGAGAAUGCUUGACAUAUGCAACUGGUCUCGCCGCAAUUCACGCUUAUCUUACCUGCCUUACUCCUAAGAAGGUUGCUAUCACUGGUGGUUAUCAUGGCGCACACGAUGUACUCCGGAUUCAGGAGCGGUUGACAGGAGUCAAGAAGGUCGGAUUACACGAGACAGACCAACUCGAGAAAGGAGACGUGAUCCAUCUUGAAACACCUCUUAACCCAACUGGCGAGGCACGUAACAUUACCGCGUAUUCCAAAAUUGCCAAAGCAAAGGGACUUUAUCUCGUUGUUGAUUCUACAUUCGGGCCACCAUCCUUGCAAGAACCAUUCCUCUGGGGGGCCGACUUGGUUAUUCACAGUGGAACCAAGUAUAUUGGCGGCCAUAGUGACAUCAUGUGUGGUGUUAUCAGCACAUCUCCUGAGCGACCAGAGCUAUUCAUGAAGUUAUGGGAGGAUCGAUGCGCACUUGGAAACAUCAUGGGCGGGUUCGAGUCCUGGCUCGGUCUUCGCAGUUUGCGGACGCUAGACAUUCGCUGCAUCCGACAAAGCCAGAACUGCACGGAGCUUGUGACGUGGCUUUCUGAGAUGAUCAACUCUCCGACGCCAAAUGAGGUGAAUGCCACAGUUGAAAGUCUCAAACAUGCUAGUCUGCAGAAGAAGGAUAUGGAUUGGCUUCAAAAGCAGAUGCCAAAUGGCUUUGGACCUGUUUUCAUGAUGAUUAUGAAGAAUGCUCAUCAGGCCCGGCGACUGCCGAGCAAGCUGCGCAUCUUCCAACAUGCGACUAGUCUUGGCGGUGUCGAGAGCUUGAUUGAAUGGCGGAAGAUGACCGAUCCCACGGCCGGGGAGAACAUUAUGCGGGUGAGUGUGGGAAUUGAGACAUUUGAAGACCUACAGAAAGAUCUGUUGAAUGGUUUGCGGACUUUGGUUGAAGAAUGCGAGAACUAG